UUCCAUGGAAAUUAGAAGUCAGCCGCAGAAGUGAACUUGAAAUGACCAAACCAGACACUGAAAACGAAACGUCAGGAUUAAUUUAAGGCAACUUGUGAACGUAUUGAAGACAUUUAACCGAAAAACUUAUCAAGGGAAAAUACAAUGAUUUGGAAAAACUCGUGAAGUGCGAUUUUGAAACGACAACAAAAAAAUCUUCUCGAACCAUUAUGGCGGAUCAGCCUUCUUCGAGUGUUAAUCCAGCUCCCCAUAGCCGAGGAGGAAGGCAUCGCUCCCGUAAGCAGCAAAAACCUUCGACGGCUGAACGAGAGCAGAAAAAGGCUUCAAGGUUACAGGCUUUGGGUCCAGGCGAAUCAAUAAAAGAAAAACAGCAAAAAGCCAGAGAAGAACGUGAAGCAAAGCGAUCCAUGAUUGACUUCAGACAUGACUAUUUGAUAAGCACAGUUGCUAAUACUCUUGGACUAACAAAUGAUGAAGUCACAGAGUCCUUGCUGGAAGGGACUCAGAUCGAAACCAUGGAAGACUUUUUCAAGGCAGAUGGUCUUUCAAGGAUUGUAUUUUACUUUCAAGAAGUUGAAAACUUACCAGAUGCAGUUGAACAUGUAAGACUCGGUCCUGGUGGUGCACAGGCAGCCAACAUCAAGACCAAACCCAAAGUUUUUAUUACAGAUACAAGGGACAUGCAGCUAGCUGGAGCGUGUGUGUUCUUUAUCAAAAUCAAUCCAUCAAAAGCUCUUACUUUGGCCAACAUUAAUCAGGAAACAACAUUUGGUCUGUUGGACACUCGGGGUGUUGGAGUCCUGCAUUCUGUUGAAAGACUUCUUGCUGAUAUCUACAUUCCUGCCCUGUCUAAGAGUUCCAACUGGGGUGAGCUGUCAGACAAACAUGGAUCGGGAGUGCGUCAAGGCUUCAUGAACCAAUUAGAAAAUUUUGUUGGUAUCCUUAGUAGUGCACAGGCCAGUUUAGAUGAUGCAGUGACACUCAAGGAAUGCGACAGUGUUGACUUGACAAGAAUAAGCUCCCCUAAUGAUUACAUAGCAGCUGCUAGUUCCAGCGAGACGCUGGAGCAAAUUGAAGAGAUUGUCACAGCGUGGAUCAAACAGAUUGAACAGGUUUUGGCAGAAAGCGAACAAAUGAGAAAGGAGGCUGAUGAUGUUGGGCCAAAAGCAGAACUUGAUCACUGGAAGAAAAGAAUGGCCAAGUUUAAUUCUCUCUUGGAUCAGAUCAAAGGCACGGAAUGUAAAGCAGUGGUUGGAGUUCUUCAUGCAGCCAAGUCAAAACUCUUGAAGACAUGGCGAGACAUUGACAGCAGAAUAACUGAUUACGCCAAUGAAGCUAAAGACAAUGUGAAGUUCCUUUAUACCCUAGAGAAAUUUUGUGACCCACUCUACAACAGUGAUCCAGUUGGUAUGAUGGACGGGAUUCCAGGCCUUAUAAACGCUAUCCGCAUGAUUAACAGUUACUCAAGGUAUUACAACACAUCUGAAAGGAUGACAGCCUUGUUUGUCAAGGUCACAAAUCAAAUGAUCACCGCUUGUAAAAACUACAUCACAGAACACGGCUACAAGACAGUGUGGGAAUAUCAACAAGAGGAACUUGUUGAGAAACUGAAGAACUGCAUUCGACUGAACGAGGAGUACCAGAGAUGUUUCCAAAAGACGAAGCAGCGACUCGAGCAGAAUCUCGAGGAAAGGCAGUUCGAAUUCAGUGAAAUGUACAUUUUUGGCAAAAGUAACACAUUUUCUCGCCGGCUUAACAAGAUUAUUGAUAUGCUGGACACGAUGAAAGCGUUUUCGUGUCUCGGAGAGUCGCGGAUUGAAGGCAUGGAGCAACUUUGGAACAAGUUUGUUUUGAUUGUUACAACAAUGAAGAAGAAACCAUACGACUUGCUGGAUUAUCGCAAGAUGGAUUUUGAUGCUGACUUUGACGAAUUCAAACGGCAAAUAAAUGAUCUUCAGGUUCAACUUCAGAUUUUUAUGGACAACGCAUUUGACCGGAUUCCUUCAACUCAGCGUGCUUUGAGAUUAAUUAGGAAGUUUGAAAGGUUGUCUCUCGAUAGUUUGAAAGACACGAUCCAAGAAAAAUACGAGCGAAUCCUCAUGUAUUACGGCCGUGACAUCGAUACGAUUCAAAAGAUUUACCAGAGGCAUCGCAACGAUCCGCCGGUGGCCUGGGAUCUACCGCCCAUCGCCGGCAAGAUAGCCUGGGCCCGACAGAUGUACAGAAGGAUUCAAGAGCCAAUGGAAAUGUUUCAGAAGUAUCCCACAAUUCUUCAGACAGCGGACGCAAAGAAGAUCAUCAAGAAUUACAAUAAGUUGGCUAAGGUUCUGUUGGAGUUUGAAGUGCUAUACCAUCAGGCCUGGAUGAAACAGGUGGAAGUAGCGAAGUCUGGUCUCCAGGCUUCCCUCCUUGUUCGUCACCCUGAAACCAAGGAGUUGUUCGUGAACUUUGACCCUCAGAUUCUAACCCUCAUCCGGGAAUCAGAGUGUAUGGUUCGCUUAGGGCUGGAUAUUCCAUUUGGCGCCCAGACCCUACUCCAAAAACGACAAACAAUCAAGAACAACUUCAACCGACUUCAGUUGUUGUUAGGUGAAAGCGUGCGUGUUCUGAGCAGAAUACCUCAGGCAUUUAAACCCCUGAUGUCGCCACAUCUGGCUAAAGUGGAAGCAGCAAUCGAGCCAGGUCUCACAAUGCUAAACUGGACAUCUCUGAGUCUUGACGCCUAUAUGGAUAGCGUGUACGAAGCUCUGAAAGAGCUCGAGCUGCUGAUUGAUCGAGCGAAUGAUCUGGUCAAGUUCAGAAUAGAGGCAGUGUUGCAAGAGAUGAGUAACACACCGCUUUGUGAGUUGCCCAGUGAUGCUCCUUGGACGAUAGAGAAAUUCCUUAAAAAUACAGAGGAGCUUUGUAAGCGAGGCUCAGAGCUGCUGGAAUCAAAGAGCGCACGAGUGGAAGAAGCUGCUAACGAACUUAUUGCAAUGUUACUUGAACUUGACGAGGAAGAUGAGGACGAGCUUGACAGCGACGAAGAUCAGGAGAAAUUUGACGACUUGCCAAACGACAAGGACGAUGGAGCGAAAGAUGAAAUCGUCCCUAGAGGGGAAAGUGCACGGAGUCGCCCCCGCACGGGUGGUAGUCGUCCAGAUAGUCGCUCGGCUAGCAGCCGAUUGGGGAGCGCCGUCAUUAGCCCAGCGGCUGCUGCAGCUAAGCGCAAGCGCGAGAUACGUGAUCAACUAAAUAUGGAAGCUCAGGAAUUGUUGAUGCAUUUUAUUCAUAAGAAUGUAGACGCGAUUGUUCGGGUAACGAGAACAACUUUAGAUGGGAUGCGCAAACGCGUACAGGCGGCAAUAGCAGUUCAUUAUCUUGAAAACAGCAACUCCUCGGGGCAGGGGAGGGACUCAGGUCCUGAUUUGUCGCCGCUGUUUUUGGCGAACGUGACGCUGCAGAUUCCAAACAUCACCAUGCAACCUGCUUUGGACGAGAUUCAACAAGGACUAAACAAAGCGGCACAGUAUGUCGUGUCUGUGUCCAAAGGCGUGUCGCAAUGGAACAAGACUUGUAAAGCGCUUAUUAAAAAAGAGAAGAAAGAAAAAGACGAUUCUGAUGACGAGGCUCGGAGCCGCUCGGCAAGUAACGCGGGAAGCGACGACGAGAGCCGAUCAGACGUCGCACCAUCCCGAAGAGUUACGAGAAUGCCAGCGGAUAGCGACGCCGGUACAGUCGUCAGCAUGGCAAUCUUCCCGCAGAAAGCGAAUUACUUCAAAAACGUCGCCGAGAACAAAGAAAUCGCUAAACUGGUAUCAUUCCUUUCGACAGCGAUUAAUUCCCAGAAGAAAGAUGUCACGACCGCCUUGCAGUUUUUUACCAAGUAUGAGCCAAUUUGGAAAGAAGACCGAGAAGAGGAGAUUGCGAAGUUUUUGGAAACUGAUCCCAAGCUGUCGGAGUUCGAGGCACAGAUUCUGAGGUACAAGGCGCUGGAGGAGACUAUCAUGAAAGAACCAGAGUCUUACAAAGCUGGAGCCAUAGCACUGUUCACAGAACGCCUGAAAACAGCGUUGUGCGCAGAAACAAGAGCCUGGUGCGUAGCGUUUGGUCGAAACUGUAACGUCAGGUAUCGAACAGAAAUGGAGGAAAUAUUCACCUUUAUUGAAGAGAUCACGAAGCGUCUCAGCCGGCCAAUCAAAGACCUUGAUGAUAUACGGCAUGCUAUGGCCGCCCUGAAAGAGAUCCGGGACAGAGAGAUCAUGAUUGACAUGUCCAUUGGGCCUAUUGAGGAAUCAUAUGCGGUGUUAAAUCGUUAUGAACUUCUCGUCGCCAAAGAGGAAUCGGAAAGGGUGGAUACUCUUCGAUAUUCCUGGCAGAAACUCCAGUCACUGGCGACUGAGUCUCAAGGGCAUCUCAUACAAAUUCAGCCCAAUUUCAAGGGAGAUCUUAUCGACAAAGUGCAAGUCUUCAUCGUCGAUGUGUCGUCUUUCUCCUCAGACUAUCACUCGAGCGGCCCAAUGGUUGCCAACGUCCCUCCUCGCGAGGCUAGUGAUCGACUCAUCAUAUUUCAGAACCGUUUUGAUGCUCUGUGGCGCAAGUACGUGACGUAUUCCGGCGGUGAAGAGCUGUUUGGGCUCGCUGUGACUGAAUAUCCAGAUCUUAUGCAGAUCCGCCGAGAACUGAACCUUCUACAGAAGCUCUAUGGUCUGUACAACGACGUCAUCGAUACUGUAAAUGGCUAUUACGACAUCCUGUGGGUUGAUGUUAACAUCGAAAAGAUCAACAUCGAACUACAAGACUUUCAGACCCGAUGCCGUAAGCUUCCCAGAGCCUUAAAAGACUGGCAGGCCUUCCAGGAUUUAAAGCAAACCAUCGAUGACUUCAACGAAAGCUGCCCGCUCCUUGAGCUGAUGGCUAACAAAGCCAUGAAACAAAGGCACUGGGACCGAAUAGCCGGGCUGACUGGUCAUACGUUCGACAUGGAGUCAGAGACGUUCUCACUCAGAAACAUCAUGGAAGCACCACUACUGAAACAUAAAGAAGACAUUGAGGAUGUGUGCAUCGCUGCAGUCAAAGAGAAAGACAUUGAAGCCAAACUGAAGGCAGUCGUUGCCGACUGGAGCACAAGAGAACUGACGUUCGCAAACUUCAAGAAUCGCGGAGAACUUUUGCUGCGAGGCGACAACACGUCCGAGAUUGUGGCGUUAAUGGAGGACAGUUUAAUGGUGCUUGGGUCGUUAAUGAGCAACAGGUAUAAUGCGCCUUUCAAGAAGAACAUUCAGAGUUGGGUACAAAAGCUUUCGAACACAACCGACAUUAUUGAGAACUGGUUAACAGUGCAGAACUUGUGGAUUUACCUUGAGGCUGUGUUUGUUGGAGGAGAUAUUGCAAAACAAUUGCCAAAGGAAGCAAAAAGAUUUCAGAACAUUGACAAACAGUGGGUAAAGAUCAUGACUCGAGCACAUGAGAAUGCUAAUGUAGUACAGUGCUGUGUGGGUGACGAGACUCUUGGACAGCUCUUGCCACAUCUCUUGGAACAGCUGGAACUCUGUCAGAAGUCACUUAGUGGGUAUUUGGAGAAGAAGCGUCUCGUUUUCCCAAGAUUUUUCUUCGUUUCCGAUCCAGUGCUCUUGGAAAUUCUUGGUCAAGCAAGCGAUUCACACACUAUUCAGGCCCACUUGUUGAACGUUUUUGAUAACACCAAGACAGUCAAGUUCCAUGAAAAGGACUACGACCGUAUUCUUGCUAUCAUCUCUUCAGAGGGUGAAACAAUCGAGCUUGAAAAACCUGUUAUGGCUCAAGGCAAUGUUGAAGUUUGGCUGGGUACUUUGUUAGAGAUGUCACGCAAGUCAGUCCAUCACGUGAUUCGUACAGCGCACACCGCUGUUCAAGAUCAAGGUUUUAAUCUGCUGGAGUUUCUUAGUACAUUUCCGGCUCAGGUCGGCCUGCUUGGAAUCCAGAUGAUAUGGACAAGAGACUCCACAGAGGCGCUGACAAACGCUAAGUAUGACAAGAAGGUGAUGCAGCAAACCAACACUGCCUUUCUGGAACUGUUGAACGUGUUGAUCGAACAAACCACUAAAGAACUCACAAAAGUUGAACGAACGAAGUUUGAAACACUCAUCACCAUUCACGUGCAUCAGAGAGACAUUUUCGACGACCUGUGUCGCAUGCACAUCAAGACGCCAUCAGACUUUGAGUGGUUGAAACAAAUUCGUUUCUAUUUCAACGAUGACACGGACAAGUGUUCAGUUUCCAUAACAGACGUGGACUUCAUCUACCAAAACGAAUUCCUUGGCUGUACAGAAAGGCUUGUCAUUACACCGCUGACCGAUCGCUGCUACAUUACUCUGGCCCAGGCCCUUGCUAUGUCUAUGGGUGGCGCGCCGGCUGGACCGGCUGGAACUGGAAAAACAGAAACCACCAAAGACAUGGGAAAAGCUCUUGGAAAAUAUGUGGUUGUAUUCAACUGCUCGGAUCAGAUGGACUACAGAGGACUGGGGCGAAUUUUCAAAGGACUGGCCCAGUCAGGCAGUUGGGGAUGUUUUGAUGAGUUCAACCGUAUUGACCUGCCUGUGUUAUCAGUGGCUGCGCAGCAGAUCUACAUCGUGCUCAUGUGCAAGAAAGAGAGGAAGAAGCAGUUUAUCUUCUCGGACGGAGAUGUGGUGGAAAUGAAUCCAGAAUUUGGCAUCUUCUUGACGAUGAACCCUGGCUAUGCUGGCAGACAGGAACUUCCAGAGAAUCUUAAGAUCCAGUUCCGUACAGUGGCCAUGAUGGUGCCUGACCGACAGAUCAUCAUCCGUGUCAAGCUCGCUAGCUGUGGUUUUAUUGACAAUGUCACUUUGGCCAGGAAAUUCUUCACUCUGUACAAACUCUGCGAAGAGCAACUUUCUAAACAGGUUCACUAUGACUUUGGCUUGAGGAAUAUUUUAUCAGUUCUGAGAACUCUUGGCGCUGCAAAACGAUUGAGUGUUGGAGACAGUGAGAACACAAUUGUGAUGAGAGUACUCAGGGAUAUGAACCUUUCCAAACUGAUCGAUGAAGACGAGCCCUUGUUCUUGAGUCUUAUAAACGAUCUCUUCCCUGGUAUUGUGCUGGACAAAGCUGGUUAUCCAGAGUUAGAACAAGCAAUUGCCAAUCAAGUAGAAGAGGCUGGACUCAUCAACCAUCCAUCUUGGAGGCUAAAACUUAUUCAGUUAUUCGAGACCCAGCGAGUGCGUCACGGCAUGAUGGUACUGGGCCCCAGUGGGGCGGGGAAAACUGCGUGUAUCCAUUUGUUGAUGAAGGCCAUGACGGAUUGUGGGACACCGCACAGAGAAAUGAGAAUGAACCCUAAAGCCAUCACUGCUCCUCAGAUGUUUGGAAGACUGGAUGUUGCCACAAAUGAUUGGACUGACGGAAUUUUCUCUACUCUCUGGAGAAAGACACUUCGUGCCAAGAAAGGCGAACGAAUCUGGAUUGUAUUGGACGGACCAGUGGAUGCCAUCUGGAUUGAGAAUCUCAACAGUGUCCUGGAUGAUAACAAGACCUUGACUCUGGCUAAUGGCGACAGAAUACCCAUGUCUCCUCAAUGUAAGAUCAUCUUUGAGCCUCACAACAUUGAUAACGCUUCACCAGCUACUGUGUCACGUAACGGUAUGGUGUACAUGAGCUCCUCUGGGCUGGAUUGGAGACCUGUGCUUCAGGCAUGGCUCAACAAGCGACCAGAACCUGAGGCGGAGGUCUUGAAAGGUCUGUUUGACAAAUCUUUUGAAGAGGUCCUUCGCUAUGUGCAAGAAAAUUGUGUCUUCAAGAUGGAAAUUUUGGAACACAAUUACAUUGUGCAGGCCAUUUCGAUUCUCGAGGGUCUGAUCCCCAAGAAAGAGGACGGCUCCAAUGUGUCAGCUUCUCACCUUGAAAGGCUCUACAUCUUCUGUGUAAUGUGGAGUGUUGGCGCGUUGUUGGAACUGGACGAUCGUGCUAAGAUGGAGGAAUUUACAAGAGCAAAUUUUGAACUUGAUUUGCCUCCCAUCGAGGAGGGAUCGCAGGAUACAAUCUUUGAAUUUCUUGUCAACGAAGCAGGUCACUGGGAACACUGGAACAAACGGGUGGAGGAAUACAUCUACCCCAAGGAUCACAACCCCGACUUCUUGUCCAUUCUGGUCCCAAACGUGGAUAAUGUGCGGACAGACUACCUCAUUCAUGUUGUUUCCAAACAGGGAAAGGCCGCCUUGUUAAUUGGCGAGCAAGGAACAGCCAAGACUGUCAUGAUAAAAGGCAACAUGGGUAAAUAUGACCCUGAGAGACAUUUAAGUAAAAGCUUCAACUUCUCGUCGGCCUCCACUCCGCUGAUGUUCCAAAGAACCAUCGAAAGCUAUGUCGAUAAGCGAAUGGGCAACACAUACGGACCACCAGCCGGCAAGAGAAUGACAGUGUUUAUCGAUGAUGUUAACAUGCCGAUUAUCAACGAAUGGGGCGACCAGGUGACAAAUGAAAUAGUCCGCCAGGUUAUGGAGAACAAAGGUUUCUAUAACUUGGAGAAGCCUGGCGACUUCACUACCCUAGCAGACAUCCAGUUCUUAGCGGCCAUGAUUCACCCGGGAGGUGGCAGAAAUGACAUUCCACAAAGACUGAAAAGACAAUUCAGUGUGUUCAACUGUACUCUGCCAAGUAACAACUCUAUUGACAAGAUCUUUGGUGUGAUCGCGGCUGGUCAUUUCUGCUCAGAGCGUGGUUUUUCAAGUGUUAUACAAGAGCUUGCUAAGCAGCUUGUGCCAUGCACUCGCAGAUUGUGGCAACUGACGAAGAUCAAAAUGCUUCCCACUCCAGCCAAGUUUCACUACAUCUUCAACCUCCGAGAUUUGUCCAGGAUUUGGCAAGGCAUCCUUUACUGCAUCUCCGAUGUCGUAUCGACUCAAGAAACAUUAAUGUCCUUAUGGAAACACGAAUGCAUCCGAGUGAUUUCCGACCGCUUUACGAAUCAGUCCGACAAGGAUUGGUUUGAGAAGACCAUGAAGCGAGUCAUUGGCGAGGAACUUGGUGAAGAGCUACAGGCUAUGAUUGAAAAUAUGCCAUACCUUGUCGACUUCUUAAGAGAUGCCCCAGAAGCUACAGGUGAUGAACCUGAGGACGCCGAUUUUGAAACUCCUAAGGUUUAUGAACUGAUCCCAUCGUUUGAAGGUCUUGAAGAAAGACUCAAGAUGUACCUGGAGCAGUAUAACGAGAGCAUCAGAGGCGCUGGUAUGGACCUGGUGUUCUUCAGAGACGCUAUGAUUCAUCUUAUGAGGGUGUCCCGUAUUAUUCGUACUCCACGCGGUAACGCUCUCCUCGUAGGAGUAGGAGGCUCGGGAAAACAGAGCUUGACUCGUUUGGCUUCUUUCAUCGCUGGCUACAGGACAUUCCAGAUUACCCUUACAAGGUCUUACAAUUCAUCCAACCUUAUGGAGGACUUGAAGUAUCUUUACAGAGUGGCGGGAAUGCAAGGUCAAGGAAUAACAUUCAUCUUCACUGACCAAGAGAUCAAGGAAGAAGGCUUCCUCGAAUAUCUCAACAACUUACUUUCCUCCGGGGAGAUCUCAAAUCUAUUUGCUCGAGACGAAAUCGAUGAAAUCUGCGGCGAGCUGAUUCCUGUGAUGAAAAAGGAGUUCCCCAGGCGACCACCCACGGGGGAAAAUCUGUACGACUACUUCUUGACGCGGGCGAAACAUAAUCUUCACGUCGUACUUUGCUUCUCGCCGGUCGGUGAGAAAUUCCGCAACAGGUCUCUAAAGUUUCCAGGUCUAAUCAGCGGUUGCACAAUGGACUGGUUCAGCCGCUGGCCCAAGGAUGCUUUGAUUGCGGUAGCAGAUCAUUUUCUAUCUAACUUUGAAAUCGUAUGCGAGGCUGAAGUUAAAAAACAAGUCGUUCACGCCAUGGGAAUAUUUCAUGAUGGUGUAGCCAUUAGCUGUACUGAUUAUUUCCAAAGAUACCGUCGAGCGACACACGUUACUCCAAAGUCAUAUCUCUCCUUUAUCAACGGCUACAAGUCAAUAUACAGCGAGAAACGAGAACAAAUUGGAGAACUGGCGAGGAGAAUGAACACUGGAUUAGCCAAGCUCAUGGAGGCCAGUGAAUCAGUCGCCCAGCUGUCCAAAGAAUUAGCGGUGAAAGAAAAAGAGCUCGCCGUGGCAUCUGAGAAGGCGGACCUGGUAUUGAAAGAGGUUACAGUAAAGGCACAAGCGGCAGAGAAAGUCAAAGCUCAGGUGCAGAAAGUCAAAGACAAAGCGCAAGCUAUUGUGGAUGAUAUCGCGGCUGACAAAGCUGUGGCUGAAGAAAAGUUAGAAGCCGCAAGACCAGCUCUUGAAGAAGCAGAAGCCGCCUUACAGACCAUUAAGGCCUCCCAUAUCGCUACGGUCCGUAAGCUUCCCAAACCACCGCAUCUGAUCAUGCGCAUUAUGGACUGUGUUUUGAUCUUGUUUCGAAAGCGAGUGGACCCGGUGGUAUUUGAUGCGGAGAGAAACUGUGUCAAACCCUCUUGGAGUGAAUCGCUUAAGACGAUGAGCCAGUCCAACUUUUUGCUGUCGCUUCAAAGUUUUGCGAAGGACACCAUCAAUGACGAAAUGGUUGAACUUCUCGCGCCUUAUCUAGAAAUGGAGGACUACAAUAUGGAAACCGCUAAAAGGGUUUGCGGAGAUGUCGCUGGUUUGUGCUCGUGGACGAAUGCGAUGUCUGUGUUCUUUGGUAUUAACAAAGAAGUCUUGCCAUUAAAGGCCAACUUGACUAUUCAAGAGGCUAAGCUGAACGUAGCUCAGAACGACCUGAACGCGGCCCAGGCACAGCUAGACGCUAAACAGGCUGAACUUGAUAAAGUACAGGCUUUGUACGAUAAGGCAGUGCAAGAAAAACAGGAUCUUCUGGAUGACGCGGAGACAUGUCGCAGAAAGAUGUUGGCAGCUUCCACUCUGAUUGGCGGCUUAGGAGGAGAGAAAGAAAGAUGGACGGAACAAAGUAAAGAGUUUGAAGCUCAAAUUGGAAGACUGGUCGGUGACGUGUUGCUCUGCACAGGAUUUUUGUCUUACUCUGGUCCCUUCAACCAAGAGUUCCGUGACAUGUUGAUGGGAAAAUGGCAGAAGGACAUGAAGUCACGCAAGAUCCCCUUUACCCCCAACCUGAAUGUCACGGGCAUGCUCGUUGAUGCGGCAACGGUCGGUGAAUGGAACCUUCAAGGUUUACCAAACGAUGAACUGUCUGUCCAAAACGGCAUUAUCGUUACCAAGGCAACGCGCUUCCCUUUGUUGAUAGAUCCACAAGGCCAAGGAAAGGCCUGGAUUAAGAACCGAGAAAAAGAGAGUCAAAUGCAGAUAACGUCAUUAAAUCACAAGUACUUCCGAAACCAUCUGGAAGACUGCCUCUCGUUGGGUAGACCGCUGCUCAUCGAGGACGUGGCCGAAGAAUUGGACCCAGCUCUCGAUAACGUGCUGGAGAAGAACUUCAUCAAAACUGGAAGCACCCUGAAAGUGAAAGUGGGAGACAAGGAGAUUGAUGUUAUGAAGGGCUUCAUGUUAUACAUCACGACGAAGCUCUCAAAUCCCGCGUACACUCCAGAGAUUAGUGCCCGUACUUCUAUAAUCGACUUCACGGUGACAAUGAAAGGCUUGGAAGAUCAGCUCCUUGGUCGUGUGAUCUUGACUGAGAAAGCGGAGCUGGAGGCUGAGCGAACGAAGCUCAUGGAAGAUGUAGCUUCCAACAAAAGAAAGAUGAAAGAACUAGAAGAUAAUUUGCUGUUCAGGCUUACGAGCACUCAGGGGUCUCUUGUGGACGAUGAAUCACUAAUUGAGGUGCUGAGCACCACUAAGGCGACAGCCGAGGAAGUCAGUCAGAAACUUGUUGUAGCCGCUGACACGGAAAUCAAGAUCAACGGCGCAAGGGAAGAAUUUCGACCGGUGGCCACCCGUGGCAGUAUCUUGUAUUUCUUGAUCGUUGAAAUGAGCAUGGUGAACUGUAUGUACCAGACCUCUCUCAAACAGUUCCUGGGAUUGUUCGACAACGCUAUGGCAAGGUCGCAACCAUCUCCGAUCACUUCCAAGAGGAUACACAAUAUUAUAGAUUACUUGACGUACGAAGUAUGGAGGUACUCGUGCCGAGGCCUGUAUGAGAAUCAUAAGUUUCUGUUCACGCUUCUACUCGCUCUCAAGAUCGAUCUGCAGAAUAAGAAGGUGAAACACAGUGAGUUCAUGACACUCAUCAAAGGAGGAGCUUCCCUGGACCUGAAAGCUGUACAGCCAAAGCCAUGCAGAUGGAUAACUGACAUCACGUGGCUGAACCUUGUGGAGCUCAGUAAACUGCCGCAGUUCUCAGACGUGCUUAAUCAGAUCGCACGUAACGAGAAACAGUGGAAAAACUGGUUUGACAAGGACGCCCCUGAGGAAGCGGACAUUCCUGAUGGAUAUGCAAACUCGUUGGACACGUUUAGGAAACUCCUGCUAAUCAGGUCUUGGUGUCCAGACCGGACCAUGGCGCAGGCACGAAAAUAUAUCGCCGAAUCCAUGGGGCCUAACUACGCCGAGAACGUGAUCCUCGAUUUGGAGAAGACCUGGGAAGAGAGCGAUAACAAAACACCGCUGAUCAACUUCCUGUCCAUGGGCUCAGAUCCUACAAGCCUCAUUGAAAACCUCGCUAAAAGGCACAAGUUUGAUUGCCGUGCUAUUUCCAUGGGUCAAGGUCAAGAAAUUCAUGCUAGAAAACUCGUUGGACAAUUCAUGCAAACAGGCGGAUGGGCGCUCCUUCAGAACUGUCACCUUGGUUUGGAGUUUAUGGAUGAGCUGAUGGACACGGUGGUGGAUACUGAACAAGUUCAUGACUCCUUCAGAUUGUGGAUGACUACAGAAGAACAUAUCCAUUUUCCUAUCGGCCUCUUACAGAUGUCAAUCAAAUUCACGAAUGAACCUCCCCAGGGACUUAGAGCUGGACUCAAACGAACCUACAAUGGAAUCAAUCAAGAUCAACUGGACAUCAGCAACCUCCCUCAGUGGAAACCCAUGCUAUACGCGGUUGCUUUUCUCCAUUCUACCGUUCAGGAGCGUCGAAAGUAUGGUCCGUUAGGUUGGAAUAUUCCUUACGAGUUCAACCAAGCGGACUUUACAGCCAGCGUGCAGUUUGUUCAAAAUCAUCUGGAUGACAUGGAUAUCAAAAAGGGCGUGUCCUGGAAUACCGUGCGCUAUAUGUUAGGAGAGGUGCAGUAUGGAGGACGAGUCACAGAUGACUUUGAUAAACGACUGCUCAACACGUUUGCCAAGGUGUGGUUUAGCGAGUCGAUGUUCCAACAGAGCUUCAAUUUCUACAAAGGUUACACUAUACCAAAGUGUACUUCAGUUCAACAGUAUAUGGAUUAUAUUGACACGCUUCCUCUUGUGGACUCCCCUGAGGUGUUUGGUCUACAUCCUAAUGCAGACAUCACUUACCAGAGUAACCUGGCCAAGUCUUGCCUGGACACCAUUUUGAGCAUUCAGCCAAAGGACAGCUCGGGUGGUAGCGGGGAAACCCGCGAGGCUGUUGUCCAGCGGUUGGCUGAUGACAUGCUUGAUAAGCUUCCUGAGAACUACAUUGCGCAUGAGGUUAAGGCCAGACUACAGAAAAUGGGAGCUCUGUCUCCGAUGAAUAUUUUCUUGCGGCAAGAGAUCGACCGAAUGCAGAGGGUGAUAACCGCUGUCCGGCAAACACUGACGGAUCUCAAACUUGCCAUUGAUGGCACCAUCAUAAUGAGCGAGACUCUAAGAGACUCGCUUGACUGCAUGUACGACGCUAGAAUUCCUACUCACUGGAAAAAGAUCUCCUGGGAAUCCUCCACGUUGGGAUUCUGGUACACUGAACUGCUGGAAAGAAACAGUCAGUUCAGAAGCUGGUGUUUUGAAGGAAGACCCAAUGUGUUUUGGAUGACAGGGUUUUUUAACCCUCAAGGAUUCCUGACGGCCAUGAGACAAGAGGUGACUCGUGCACACAAGGGCUGGGCCCUAGAUUGUGUUGUACUGCAUAAUGACGUCACGCGGUUCUUUAAAGAUGACAUCACUCAGCCCCCGACAGAAGGGGUCUAUGUACACGGCCUGUACCUUGACGGUGCCGGCUGGGACCGCAGAGGUUGCAAGCUUGUAGAACCCACUCAAAAGGUUCUCUUUACGUCCAUGCCUGUCAUUCACAUCUACGCAAUUAAUACAACUGCUGGGCGAGAUGCCCGGAUGUACCAGUGCCCGAUAUACAAGAAGCCCAGAAGAACGGAUCUGACGUACAUCGCAAGCGUGGACUUGAAAACCAAUCAGAAUCCAGAUCACUGGAUUUUGCGCGGUGUUGCCCUGUUGUGUGACAUCAAGUAAAAAGUCAAGAACGAGAUCAUUUGUAAAAACCUGUUUUUUAAAGAGAUUUCCAAAUGGUAGUCCUCUGUAGCUCCCGAUUGCGUGACUGUAACGCCGCCCCUUUAGCUGUAGUGUAACGCAGAACUGAAAGACAGUCCUUUUUAAAGCACUAUUUGUAUUAUAUUAUAACGAAGAAUUGUCAGAGUAUAUACUGUAGUUGUCCUUUGAAUGUUAUUUAUUGACUGUUUUUUUUUUAAGUAUCAUUUUUCACUGCCAAAAUCGUUUUUAGUGCUAACAAAGAAAGCGAAUUCACAAACAGAACUUUUUAUUUAAUAUAGUGUAGCAGCAAGAAAGGAUGAUCUGAACAUGUUGAACAUGUUGUGGCAAAUAACCAGUCUUGUAAAGAAGUUUUACGUGAGUCGUUUUGUCAACCAAGGUAGGAAGGAUUUAACCUUCACGAGAAAAUCUUGUAGAAUAAAGAUGAUUUAUGCAUUCUAAA